AUGGAUUUUCAAGCUCUAGGAGUCCAUCCCGACAUCAUAGCGGCCGUUGAGUCGAUGGGGUGGUCAAAACCAACACCAAUUCAAGAAAAAACCAUUAAGCAAGCAAUUGCAGGCGAAGAUGUUUCUGGUGCAGCAGAAACAGGCUCAGGAAAGACAGGAGCAUUCUUAAUUCCUUUAUUACAUCAAUUAUUAGAAAAAGAUAGACCAGAAAAGUACGGUAUUAUUCUCGCACCUACAAGAGAACUCGUAAUUCAGAUCGCAGAAGUUGCUCAACUCAUGUCUGCCAAGCUUAAUAUCACUAUCGUUCCUAUCUAUGGUGGUGUUGAUGACGUUGAGCAGAUGGCUCAGCUCGCAAAACGUCCUCAUAUCAUUGUUGCAACACCAGGUAGACUUGCACAGCUUAUUCGUGAUGCAAAAGGUUUCGACUUAAAGCCAGUACGCGUUAUUGUCAUUGAUGAAGCUGAUAAAAUGGCUGCUGUUGAAUUCUUUGAUGAUAUCUCCGUUAUUACUUCAAAUUGUGCUAAAACGCAUCAGAUUAUGCUCUUCUCAGCUACAAUGCCUAAAGAUCUCGAAAAGUUUACAGCUCUUUACAGUAAAAAAGCCUCAAUUGUUGAACUUACUUCUGAAAAGCAAGUUCCACAGGCAUUGCAAGAAUAUAUGCUUACAUCACCAAAAUCACAGAAAGAAGCAACUCUUGUUGCAUUACUUCAUCAUUUUGAAACAUCCCAAAUUAUUAUCUUCGUCUCUGGUGUUCGCGAAGCCACAAUUCUUACAAUGACACUCGAGAAGAUGAACUUCGCUGUUGGUUCAGCAACAGGAGGUAUGUCUCAGUUCGAUAGAGAAGAACAAGUCCAAAAAUUCCGUGAAAACAAGAUACGUAUAUUAGUAGCCACAAAAGUUGUUGGUCGUGGUGUUGAUAUUCCAAAUAUCGAUGUUGUUGUUAACUACGAUUUACCAGAUAAUGGAAAAGAAUACAUUCACAGGGCAGGACGUGCAGGAAGAGCUUUAAAGAGUGGUAUUGCAAUUACUUUUGUUACUAUGGAGUCAUUGCAGAAAUACCAGGACUUAGAAAAGUAUCUAAAGAGAGAACUUCCGAAAUUUGAAUUUGAUAAGGAGAAAAAGAUCCAAGAAAUAUCAAAAGAUCUUGAAGAAGCACAUGAACUUGCUGUUGAAAAGUAUAAGAAGUUAAGUCGUGGUAUCAAGGAUUAA